CGUACUUUAUAUUUAGAUAAGCAAUAUUAGUAAAAUGUAUACAUGAAUACUUUUUUGUGCGUGAUUCAAUGCCACCUGAUUAUUUGUGUACGUGUUUCAAGUUAUACCUUAUGAAAUACAAGAUAGAGGCCAAAGAUGAGUGGAUAUGCAAGCUAUGAUGAGGCACUUGAUCCUAAAUACGGGGAUCCCUAUCAAGUUUCAUUGGUGGUUGCAGACGAGAAUACCUUAAAAGGUUACGGGACAAUUGUUACAGAUUUUGAAAAGGAGGAAGUUGAAAUAACCCCCUGGCCUGUGAGUGGAUGGCGGAAGUUAUAUCCAGGAACUGGUGCUAUGGGUGGCAUAGUGAGCGGGGAUUUUGUUUAUGAAUGGGAGGGAGAUGUUUGUAAAGCAAUAAAUAAUGCUGUAGGCGGCAAUUACGUCACUGGUCGUCUGCCAACUGGUGUUUCUUUUGAUAACCGAACCCACGUGCUGGUGAGGGAAGCAAAUUAUCACCCAGAUGGCGGUCAGAUAUUUUUUCCACGAGACAAAGAACCAUUCAUUGCUUUAUUAGCCUUACCGUCUGACGAUAUUAAACCAGAAGAUUUUAAGGCAUUUUAUUUUGAUGGAUCUUUUGGUGUACAGAUCCAUGCCAACAUCUGGCACCAGCCUGUUUAUCCAAUUAAAGAUCGAGCUGUGUUUCUAGGGAAACAGGGAGCAGUUCAUGCAUGUGUUUGUAUGGAUUCUGUUGAUGAGUGGGGCAAAUAUUUGUCCGUUCCACUAAAACUGCAGCCUUAAUGUGAUUUAAUUUUGUCAACGAUUUCAAAUAAAGAUUAUUCUAGUCAAAACUGACA